AUGGCUUACAUUCGUAAAACAUAUUGGAUUUUGAGCACACGCAAAACUGUAGGCUCUCGCAUUCAUCGUUGCGUCAGUUGUCAUCGUCAUCGAGCCAAAUUUACCGAUCAACUUAUGGCUGACCUACCCACUGCUAGGGUACGUAUUUCAAGUCCAUUCACUCACGUUGGAGUGGAUUUUUGUGGACCAUUUCACACACGCACAUCGAAAGGCCGAGGCAUUAAGACAACAAAGGGAUGGGUGGCAGUUUUUGUUUGCUUAUGUGUAAAGGCCAUUCAUCUGGAACUUGUUUGUGACCUGUCUACCGAAGCAUUCUUGGCUGCAUUACGUCGAUUUAUUUCAAGAUUUGGCUUACCUCAAUGCAUGUAUUCUGACUGUGGCACUAAUUUCGUGGGUGCUGCCAGGGACAUAAAGAAAAAACAAUGCGAAUAUUAUGAAUAUUACAACGAAAAGGUCAUUACAUCGUUAGCCGACGAAGGAAUUGAGUGGAAGUUCAACCCACCAGCAUCACCACAUUUUGGUGGUUUAUUUGAAGCCGGCUUUUAUACAGUGCUGACUCAGAUCGAAGCGUGUUUGAAUUCGCGGCCACUUGUACCACAAUCAGACGAUCCAAAUGAUUUUACUGUCAUCACACCUGGUCAUUUUUUCAAGGGUAACAGUUUAUUUGCGUUGCCUGAACCAUCAUUAGUCGAUGAAAAUGUACCAAUUGGAAGUCGUUAUCGUUACAUGCGCAAAUUACGAGACGAUUUUUGGACUCAAUGGAGUUCGGAAUAUUUGAAUCGUCUACAAAAUCGACCCAAAUGGUGCAAACAAUCCGAAAAUAUCAAGGUCAAUGAUAUGGUCUUGCUCAAAGAUGAACGUUUUCCACCAACGAAAUGGCCUUUGGCUCGGGUGAUUACUGUUCAUCCGGGAUCUGAUGGACUAGUUCGAGUCGUUACAAUCAAAACAAAGAGUGGUGAAUUCAAGCGUCCAGUAGUAAAAUUAAGGUCAUUACCAAUUUACGAUAACAUUGAAAAUUAA